CGUUCCCGUGCAAUCUUACGAGCUUAUGCGGCAAAUCUCCUCUAUUGGGAUUUUUUUCAUCUCCUUUGCAAUCUCUUGCAAAUGGAGAGUGAAGAAAUAGUAGAGGAGGAAGUACUGAGGGUUUUGGAUUCUUGUAUUUCUCGCAUCAAAUGGCGCCUCAGAUCUUCAUCAAAGCGUCGCCUCCAAACAGAUAUCUUAGCAUUGUGUACAGGAAUGAGGCCGGUUGUAAUGGUGGAUUAUGGCGGAAAGAUGCCCGAGCUGCAGGAACAGCUGUGCUUAUUGCUCCAUCUUUGUCACAAGGAAUCAUCGAUUUUGUGGCCUUUGAGAAUAAUGAUUAUACAAGAUAUGGUUUAUUUGAUACAUGUCAGUGGACUUGCUGAGCAUGUACAAUCAGGCCUUAGCUUGCAGCAACAGAUGCUUUUUGUGGAUCUCGAACAAGAUCCUCCAAAGAUGGUGAUGCAGUCAGAACAGAACUUAGUUGCAUCACAGCUUGGAUCUAUUCAGAAUUUCUUUUCAUCAGUAUUUUCUGUUGAUGAAACGAACAAGGAUAUCUCGCCAAAAGUGCCUCCUCCUAUGACUGGGCUAAAGAUGGAAUCAGCAGAACACUCAGGUGCUGAUGAGCUUGUUGCUUCUCAAUCCUCCGAGCUUAUCGAUCUCAGUAGUUGCAUGCAGGACACUGAAGUUACCCUGCCAACCCUAAACGGAUGGCUUCUUGGCUACCCAGUAGUCUAUUUAUCUGGCAAAGAGCACAUGGCUGAUGCUAUCUAUAAUCUGUCCACCAAAUCUCUUCAUCUCUUCAAGAUUUUAGUUGGCAGAAAUGGAACAUCUGGUAAAGGGCCUUGUCAGGAAGAACUAAUGAGCAGUUUCACAGUGCCUUAUGAUCUGAGCAUGGGAGGGGAGAAAGAGCCGUGGGCCAAGGCAUUUCUCGCUCACAUGUGGACAAAGUUCGAAAGAUGCAAGAAGUCGUGGCGGUAUUUGAGAAUGGAGGUGAGCGAAUGCUAUCCACAAUCGAUUGUGCUGUAGUAAUUGUGAGAGCCAUUCAUUACUCCCACUCAGAUCAACCAAUAAGAGAAACAUGUGUAAUGGUUUUCUUGCGUAAGGGGGAAUCUAUACUCGAGAGAUUAUUGUUUAGAAUUAUUUAAGGUUUUGUUGAUCAUCAUUUUCAUCUC